GGGGGGGAAGAAAGAGGAGAGCAGAGAGGAAAAAAAAAGACACAAUCUGGAGGAUUCUGAUUUUCUCAGUUACUUGCUAUCACCAAGAGAUGCAAGAGCAGAAAUUACACUAUUGCUACUAGCCUGCUGUUACAGUAACAUGGACUUCCUUACGACACCUUGAUCUGGAGAAAUCGGACUCUGCUGAUGUUUGCAUCACUGCUGCAAGACUUAAAAACCAAUCUAAAAUUUGUAGACUCCCAUUGGAACUGUCAAUAGGACUGCCAUACCAGUACCUGGUGUGGAUUUUUCAACAUCAGCUGAAACCUUUUUUAUUCAGUGGAAAAAAUGACUAAUAACACAACAAGCCACCAUCCAGGCAAUUCUGUUGCCGAGGGCAACCAUGACAGUGAAUUUGGCUGCACUGUUGGAGAUCUGCGGGCCCUCAUGGAACUGCGGUCUGGUGAAGCAGUCCAUAAAAUCCAUGAAACGUAUGGUGAUGUUCAGGAUAUCUGUAGAAGACUAAAAACUUCUCCAGUAGAAGGUUUAUCUGGCAAUCCAGCUGAUCUCGACAAACGAAAACAAGUGUUUGGUCAGAACUUUAUACCACCCAAAAAGCCAAAAACAUUUCUGCAGUUAGUAUGGGAAGCACUACAAGAUGUAACUUUAAUUAUACUAGAGAUUGCAGCCAUUAUAUCUUUGGGCCUUUCCUUUUACCGCCCUCCUGGAGGGGACAGCGAAUUAUGUGGGGAAGCCACAGGUGGCGAAGAUGAAGGAGAGGCAGAGGCUGGCUGGAUUGAAGGUGCAGCUAUUCUCCUCUCUGUUAUUUGUGUGGUGCUGGUGACAGCCUUCAAUGACUGGAGUAAGGAGAAGCAGUUCCGUGGGCUGCAAAGUCGCAUUGAACAGGAGCAGAAGUUCACUGUGAUCCGCAAGGGUCAGGUUAUCCAGAUUCCAGUGGCGGAGAUUGUUGUAGGCGACAUUGCUCAGAUUAAAUAUGGUGACCUCCUGCCAGCUGAUGGUAUCCUCAUCCAAGGCAAUGAUUUAAAAAUAGAUGAAAGUUCUUUGACAGGAGAGUCAGAUCAUGUGAGGAAAUCAAUGGAAAAGGACCCCAUGCUACUCUCUGGUACCCAUGUAAUGGAAGGCUCAGGACGGAUCCUGGUAACUGCAGUAGGUUUGAACUCCCAGACUGGUAUCAUUUUCACAUUAUUAGGAGCAGGUAGUGAUGAGGAAGAGAAGAAAAACAAGAAGGGUAAAAAACAAGGAGCCCCAGAAAAUCGCAACAAAGCUAAAGCUCAGGAUGGUGUUGCACUGGAGAUUCAACCAUUGAAGAGCGAGGAAGGUGGUGACCUGGAAGAGAGAGAGAAGAAAAAAUCAAACAUACCAAAGAAAGAAAAAUCUGUCCUGCAGGGAAAGCUCACCAAAUUGGCAGUGCAGAUUGGAAAAGCAGGCCUGCUGAUGUCAGCAGUCACAGUCAUCAUCCUGGUCUUGUUUUUCGUUAUUGAUACCUUUGGGAUUCAAGGAAGACCAUGGUUAGCAGAUUGUACCCCAAUUUAUAUCCAGUAUUUUGUGAAGUUUUUCAUCAUUGGAGUCACUGUGCUUGUAGUGGCUGUACCAGAGGGUCUUCCACUUGCUGUCACGAUCUCUCUGGCCUAUUCCGUGAAGAAAAUGAUGAAGGACAAUAAUUUGGUCAGACACUUGGAUGCCUGCGAAACUAUGGGCAAUGCUACAGCUAUUUGCUCAGACAAAACGGGUACACUCACCAUGAACAGGAUGACUGUAGUACAAUCAUAUAUUGGAGAAACACACUACAGGCAAAUACCUGCCCCAGAUGCACUUUUACCAAAAGUUUUGGAACGGAUUGUCAAUGGAAUUGCCAUCAACUCUGCUUAUACUACCAAAAUACUGCCCCCUGAGAAAGAAGGAGGCCUUCCUCGUCAUGUAGGGAACAAGACUGAAUGUGCUUUGCUUGGCUUUGUGCUGGAUCUGAAACAAGAUUAUCAGGCCAUACGCAAUGAAAUUCCAGAAGAGAAACUCUAUAAGGUGUAUACCUUCAACUCUGCACGCAAAUCCAUGAGCACUGUACUAAAGAAUGUUGAUGGGAGUUUUCGCAUGUACAGCAAGGGGGCCUCCGAGAUUCUCCUACGCAAGUGUACUAAAGUACUAACAAAAACUGGAGAUGUAACAGUAUUCAAGGUAAGAGACCGUGAUGAAAUGGUGAAGAAAGUGAUUGAACCAAUGGCUUGUGAAGGGCUGCGGACCAUCUGCCUGGCGUACAGAGACUUUGUUAAGGAACCUGAAUGGGAUAACGAAAAUGAGAUUCUGAGUGACCUGACUUGCAUCACUGUUGUGGGAAUUGAGGAUCCAGUGCGACCAGAGGUUCCAGAAGCCAUAUUGAAGUGUCAGCGAGCUGGUAUAACUGUUCGAAUGGUGACUGGAGACAAUAUUAAUACUGCACGUGCCAUUGCCACAAAGUGUGGCAUAAUCCACCCUGGAGAAGACUUUCUGUGUCUAGAAGGAAAAGAAUUCAACCGGCUUAUCCGCAACGAGAAGGGCGAGGUUGAACAAGAACGCCUUGAUAAAGUUUGGCCAAGUCUCCGAGUACUUGCCCGAUCAUCUCCAACAGAUAAACACACACUAGUGAAAGGUAUCAUUGACAGUACAAUUGGUGAGAUGCGGCAGGUGGUGGCUGUGACUGGAGAUGGGACAAAUGAUGGUCCAGCACUGAAGAAGGCUGACGUCGGCUUUGCUAUGGGCAUUGCGGGAACAGAUGUGGCAAAGGAGGCCUCUGAUAUCAUCCUGACAGACGAUAAUUUUACCAGUAUUGUUAAGGCAGUGAUGUGGGGCCGCAAUGUGUACGACAGCAUCUCCAAGUUUCUGCAGUUCCAGUUGACAGUAAAUGUGGUUGCAGUCAUUGUCGCAUUUACUGGUGCUUGUAUUACCCAGGACUCUCCACUUAAAGCUGUUCAGAUGCUCUGGGUAAAUCUGAUCAUGGACACAUUUGCUUCUUUGGCUCUGGCAACUGAACCACCAACAGAAUCUCUUCUGCUUCGCAAGCCUUACGGCAGGAACAAGCCACUAAUCUCUCGGACAAUGAUGAAGAACAUCCUGGGUCAUGGAGUUUAUCAGCUCACUAUUAUCUUCACCCUUCUCUUUGCAGGUGAGAAGUUUUUUGACAUUGACAGUGGGAGGAAUGCUCCACUUCAUGCUCCUGCUUCAGAACAUUACACCAUUGUGUUCAACACUUUCGUCAUGAUGCAGCUUUUCAAUGAAAUCAAUGCUCGCAAGAUUCACGGGGAGCGGAACGUGUUUGAAGCAAUUUUCCGCAACCCCAUCUUUUGCAGUAUUAUUGUGGGCACUUUUCUAAUUCAGAUUAUUAUUGUGGAGUUUGGAGGGAAGCCAUUCAGCUGCUCGGGGCUAACCCUUGACCAGUGGCUAUGGUGCAUCUUCAUUGGGGUUGGAGAGCUUCUCUGGGGACAGGUAAUCUCCUCAAUUCCGACAAGCCGCUUAAAGUUCCUGAAGGAAGCUGGCCAUGGUACAACGAAAGACAACAUCCCUGAAGGAGAGUUAAUGGAGGACAAUGAUGAAAUUGACCAUGCCGAGAUGGAACUUCGUCGGGGACAAAUCCUCUGGUUCAGAGGUCUGAAUAGAAUCCAGACUCAGAUGGGCGUUGUCAACACAUUCCAGGGUGGACCUUCCUUGCAGGGAGCACUGAGGCGGCAGCCCUCCAUAGUCAGCCAACACCACGAUAUCAAAGUGGUGAAUGCGUUCCGCAGUUCCUUGUAUGAGGGGAUAGAGAAACCAGAAUCUCGAAGCUCCAUCCACAACUUCAUGACACACCCAGAAUUUGGAAUGGAAGAUGACGAGCCUCGGAUCCCACUGAUUGAUGAGACUGAUGUAGAAAUCAAUGGACUUGCCCCAAGCCCACCCAAUAAGAAUAAUAAUGCUGUUGACAGUGGAAUUGGCCUACCCCUCACAGACGCUAGCAAGCUCGCCUCUUCCAGUCCAGGAAGCCCCUUACACAGUCUAGAAACAUCUGUCUGAACCUCUUUCCACAACAUCC